AGAGAGUAAAAUGUUCUGUUUAUAUAUCAUUCUGAAGUUAAAUCUAUUCUGAUAUAAAUAAAACAAAAAAAGUAUGCGAAAAAGUUUUAUUACACAAAAUUUAUCCUUGAAUAUGAAACGCAAAACAUUUUUGUAAGUGUUAUUGUUUUAUAAAUAAAACAUUUAUGUAGAAAAACAAAAUAAAAAAAGAGUUUAAGAAGACAAGUUCAAUGGUCCAUUUGCCAUUAUUAUCAUUUUUAUCGUUAUUUAAGAGAAUUUCAUAUACUCAGUUAAAUAAAAAUAAAAAUAAAUAUUUUGAAUAAAAGAUAAUAAUAAUAAUAAUUAUGGUUUAUAAGACAAAAAUGAAGACUAGUAAAAAAUGUGAUAUUGCAUUUAGAAUAAUAAUUACAUUUAUUAUCUACCACUAAAUUAAUCUAAAAAUGAAAUAUCCUAUACACUACUCUAUUUAAUGUCUCUUUUUUUCCAGAAUUAUAUCUAAAAGUUUAAAGAAGAAUAUGACCCAAACAUUUUGAAAAUUAUGGUAUUUUGUCGCAUGUUCGAAUUACUUCUAAUUUUGUUGUUAGUAAUAAUAGAAAGGAAAAGUUCUAUUUUACUUAAUUGCAUUUCAACAAUAGAAACGAAUGGAACUCAUGCAUUUUCCCUCAAAAGAGAGAGAGAGAGAGAGAGAACACAAAAAAACAGUUUAGAUAUAUUUCACCUAUGCAAUCGUUCUAAUUCAAAAAAUAAAAUGAAUAGAUAUAUCUAUCUAUCUAUAGUCAUAGGUGUCAAAUACUAAACAAAAUUUAUUUUAUAAUUUACUGUUUCAAAAUAUUAACAUGUUGUUCAAGUGAACUUUUUGACUUUUAUUGAUUUUAUGACAAAAUGACCUAAAUUGAUAAUUUUAAUAUAUUUAUAUUUAUAAUAACUAAUUUUUAUUAACUGACAACAAUUUUGAUGAAUGUUUUUCAUGUGGUUUUUCUUUCUUAAGUGUAUUUAUUGAAUGGUACUCAUGCACCAUAUAAAGAUAAAUAAAUUGGCAUCCUUUAAUAGUCGAUCGAUGAUUUACUCUCUCUUUCUCUCUUUCUCCAUAUAUUUAUAUAUAUAUAUAUAUACUAUAGAAAAGACCUGAUCUCUCUUGCAAUGUUCAUAUGUGUGCGUGUGUGUGUGUGUUCAAACGAUUAUAUCUUAGAGUGUUAAGAAGAAUAUGUCUCCUCUAAUAAUUAAAGACAUACAUCUAGAUCUAAUCUGCUUCUCGUCUUUUUUCUUUUCGCUCUCUUUUUAAAUAUGUCUUGUGUUUGAAAAUAGUUUUUGUCAUCUAUUUGUAUAAAAAAAUAAAAAGAAAGUAGAAAACACGAUGACAAUAACAUUUCUCUAGUGUCAUUUAGAAAUGCAAGUAAAAAUAUGAUUUUUCCUUUUUUUUAUUUUUUAUUUUAUCUUAUAUAUAUGAGGAUGAUGAUGAAAAAAUUCUAGAGGGUUAAAACCUACCAUAGAAUCAAUUUAACGCCAGCUUUUGGAAAACGUUUGAUGAAUAAAAAAAGUAGACUUAAGUUGACUUAAAUAAAUGAUGAAAUUAAUUUUAAAACGGAUUAAACAUGUUUCAUAUUUAUAAAAAUUGAAAUCCAUCCAUAUCCAUUUAUUCUUCUUAAAUAGGAAGGAAUUAGAAAAUAAACUGGAUAGAAAGAUUAUAAGAAAGAUAAUCUUAAUAUAUAUUUUCUUUUUAUUAAAAUAAUUGACAACAUAUGUCUUUUAUUUUAUUAUGUUUUUUUUCCAUUUACUAUAAAUUGAUAUUUAGAUUGAAAUAUAAAAAAAAAAAAAAAAAAAAAAAACAAAAAAAAAAGUUAAAAAAAAAUAUUUAUUUAAAAAAACGGAAUUUAAUAAUUAUUAGGCAAACAAUAAAAAAAAAUGUUUAAAAAAUAUUUUUUUUUUAUUAAAAAAAUUUCCAAAAAAUUUGUUUUAUUUUUUUAUUUUUUUUUUCAAUUUAAAAUAAAUUUUUAUUUUUUUUUAAAAAUAAAAAAAAAAAAAAAAAAAAAAUUCCAAAAAUCUAGGUAAUACUCAAUAUUUAUUAGAUAAAACCGUAUUUUCUCAUUCUUAUUCCAACGAUACAUAAUAAAGUGUCAAUACAUUUUUUUUUUAUCUCGAUAUAUUUUUUGUUUUCUUCCGUUUAUAUGAAAAUAUGUUUCGACAACCGUUGUUACAAAUUGGCCAUUCAAACAAUAAUCGUCUUAAUUUUCACCUUUAGAAACUCUCUUUGAUUAAGUUAUUCUUCAAUUAACCAUCUGUUGAAAUGUAUAAUAUAUAUAUAUUAAACGAGAUUCCAUCGUAAAUGAUUGUUUUCUUGUAUAUGUAUUUCUCUCUUUUUUUUUUUUCUUUUUCUUGAAGAUGUUAAUAGAAAUGCAACAGAACAUAAGACAUACUAAAAAAAAAGAGAAAAUAGGAAUGUUCUUUUCUUUUCCCCGUUGUUCUUCUUGUUGUUUUGUGAUGAUUGUUUUAUUGACGAAGAUAUAUUCGUUAAUGAUUCGAAGAAAUAGAUGACAUAUAUAGAUCUAUGUUCAUAGGAAAAACAAAUGAAUGAAGGAAAUAAGGUCUUCUUAAAGUAGCAACAAAAAAAUAUAGAUGAGAGAGAAAGAUCUAACAAAGCAAUCAAAAACACUUAGAAGAAAAUAAAGACAUAUAAAUAAUAAUCUUUUUUCUUUUUUUUUUUUCUAACUAUUUCUAACAUAUAGAGAAAAGAAAGAUAAAAUAAAAGAACUUUGUUUUCAAAAAAAAAAAAAAAAAAAAACAUACAAUGACACAUCUUUUUUUCCUAUAUGAAAUAGUUGAUGUUCUACUUUAUUCAUCAUCAUUAUCUUCAAAAAAGGUAAAUUGUUCUCUAUGAUGUUUCCUGUGUUCAAAAAUUAAAAUGACAAAAUAUUUUCAUCACUAAAAUCAUCUAGUUUGAUGGUAAGAUUUGAUCAUAACAAUCAUAAUAUACAACAAGAGUGUCAGAUUUAUCCAUUUCUGUCAUUUUUUAUUAAAAUACUAUUUUUGUUAAUAACUAAAUUAGAGAUUCUUUUUUUGUUUUAAUAUUCACUUUAUUAUUAUUAUUAUUAUUAUUAUUUUUCUUUUUUUAAAUACAAAAUUCUGCCCGUUUUAUUUUAAUAAAAAUACGUGAUUUUAUACACAUAUAUACACUGAUUCAUAGUGUUAGUCAGUUACAAUUUGAACAUUUCAUUUAGAUUAUAAUUUUAAAAGUGAGUUUAAUUGAAUGGACAAGUGAAUAAAAUAUUUCUAAUAUAUAUAUCUUAAAUGAAGGAUAUAUAUUUAUCUUUAUUUGUGAAAAAUAUUUCUUUUAAUUAUAAUGGUUCUAAUUGGAUAUACAAGUAUUUUAAACAAAAUUGUUGUUCCCUAUUCUCAGAUGAUAUAUACAUUCUACUUGAAACAUAUUACCCUAAAGAUAUAUAUAUAUAAUGGAGAGACAGUGUCACACUAUUAUGUGUUAAUAGAAGUCACAACUUGUAGAACAGAUGUGAUUAAUCAUGAGUGUAUAUGUAUGUGUUUUCAUUGCCUUAACAAUAAUCGUUUUUCUAUUGAUAAAAGAGAAGAGAAAGAAAUAAUUCACAUGAUAUCUGUUUAUUAGUUAUUAUUAUUAUUAUUAUUAUUGUUAUACGCUUUUUAUUUAGACAAAAUUUAGAUCUUAUUAAAGAAUUAAACGACAAAGUGGCGGAAGGACGCACAUUGGGGAAUAUCGGAAAUGUUAAUUAUUUACUACAGGAUUACACAACGUCCAUUGAUUAUCUUGAAAAACGUUUAAUAAUUGCCAAAGAAUGUCAUGAUGUACCCGGUCAACGACGAGCACAUGGAAAUUUAGGAAAUGCUUAUUUAUAUUUGGAUAAUUGUGAUAAAGCUUUACAUCAUUAUAGGUUUAUAUUGAAUAAAUAUUUUUUUUUUCUUCUUGUUUGUUUAAAAGAUCUAUGUAUUAUUUAUAGAGAAGCAUUAACUAAUGGUGAACUAAUGAAUGAUACAACAUUUAUAGCUCGUACCUAUUUUACAAUUGGACGUAUUUAUGCAUUAAAACAAGAUUAUGAUACAUCAAUUUAUUUUCAUGAAAAACAUUUAAAUUUAGCUUGUCAAUUAAAUGAUUCAGUUGGACAAUGUAGAGCUUACUUAAUUUUAAGUCAAUUAUAUAAAAAAAUUGAACAAAAUGAGAAAGCAAAUAAAUAUGAAAGUUUACAUCGAGCAUUAGCAAAAGAGAUUGGUGAAACUGCAAUUUGUUCGAUAAAUGAUGAAGAAUGGCAUCGUUAUUCAACGGGAUCCAAAGAUCAAAUUCCAUUACAAAAUAUGUCGAUGGGUAAACGAUUACACUUGAAUGCAUCGACUAUGCAAACAUCAGAAAAUACUCCCGUUAAAAAUUUGCGUACGGAUUCGAUAAGUAUUGUCAUGGCAGAUAAUCCAAAUGAAAAUGAUGAACAACAUUCUUUUUAUCAGAACAAUCAUAAUCAUCAUGAUCUUAGAUCAUUUGCUGGUACACAUUUGUUAGAUGAAAAAAAAAUGCCAAUACAAAAAUAUUCAGCUAGUUUAAAAACAACAAAUUUUUCAAAAAAAUCACCAAUUUUAUCCAGAAAAGAGUCAUUACCAGCUAGACAUGAUGAAUUGGUUGACCUUGUUUGUCGAAUGCAAAAGACACGUUUUGAAGAUCAACGUUGUCAUUUUAAGAAUAAUGAAUCUGAAUUAGAUACACGUGAACAUAGACCAAGUGCACAAUUAGAAGAGAUUCUCAAUACUGUGGAUCGUCUACAACAAUCUCGUUUAGAUGAUCAACGAACAACAUUGCCUAUUAAUAAUCGAAACGAUCAUGAUAUUGAAAAUAAACAUGGACAAACAAUUAUGAAUAUGACAAGUAAUAGUUAUAAACAUGAACAAGAAAAUGGACCGGAUGAUCAGUUUUUUGAUAUAUUAAUUAAAUGUCAGGAUUCACGUUUUGAUGAUCAACGUGCCACUCUACCAGUGGAUUCAACUCGUCGUUUUUCAACUAGUCCAUUAUCAUCUACAUCAACAACGACAAUAACUGGUAAAACAUUAUCAUCUACUACAUUACCUGAUGAUGAUUUUUUUUCUCUACUCGAUCGUGUUCAAUCGAGACGUUUAAAUGAACAACGUUCACAUUUACCAUCAUUAACAAUUUCUACUAAACAUACACGUGUAAAACCAUAA